CUGUAGUUCCUAAAGCGACGGAGGCAAAACUGUAACAGAGAAGCUGCGCCUUACGGCCGGGGCAACAUCAACAUCACCUUUUCCCAAAUCUCCAUGGUUGCCCCUGCCCUUUUUGCACUUUUUAACGAGGGGCCGAAUAUUCCGUACGAAAUAUGCUUAAAAGCCACGUUCCUCCUCCUUUCUGAGUGAUUAUUUGCAGUAUUUCCGACAGGACUGAGUCCCAGGGGGUUGUAUCUCUUUAAAGUAGCGGAUUUCUAUCUUUUUCUCAACAUCGAAAAUAUCAACCUCCUAGACCAACACGCCGCGUGAACAAGUACAUAAAUGGUGGAUGCCAUUGUGGAGUUUGAUUACCAGGCCCAGCACGAUGACGAGUUGACCAUCGCUGUCGGUAACAUCAUCAGUAACAUCAAGAAGGAUGAAGGGGGCUGGUGGGAGGGGGAGCUGGACGGUCAGAGGGGGUUCUUCCCAGACAACUUCGUCAGGGAGAUAAAGAAGGACUCAAAAAAGGAGUUAAAGAAGGAGUCAAGUUUGUCCGGAUCCAAAUCAGACCUGUCCAAUGGCAGUGCCAGCCCGAAAUCAGAACCCAUCCUUAGACCAGCCAAGAAAGGUGAGACAAUACGAAAAAGGCGUUGCAAAGCUGCCUUUAGCUACACUCCACAGAACAAAGACGAGUUAGAACUGAAGAUUGGAGAUGUUAUCGAGCUUCUGGGAGAGGUGGAGGAGGGAUGGUGGGAAGGGACUCUCAAUGGUAAAACCGGGAUGUUCCCCUCAAACUUCACUAAAGAGCUGUUGGCCGAGGUGGAAGAUGUAACCCCACAGGACGACUCCCGCAGCACAAGAACCAGUAUGAAGGACAGCACAGGGUCAGAGAGUGAUGGUGGCGACUCCAGUAGUUUAAGGUCUGACACUGGUAGCCUCUCCUCUAGCUCUGAGAUUCAACCCAAAAAGGUUAGAGGUUUUGGCUUCGGGGAUAUCUUCAAAGACCAGCCAAUCAAACUCCGUCCACGGUCCAUAGACAUGGAUAGUGAGGCAGAGAAGCUUCAAAUGGUGAAGAAAGCCCCUCAAACUGUUGCCCAGGAAACAAUGAAGGCUGAGCCUGAUAACAAGGCCAAAGCAAAGGUGUUUUGCAAAGUUAUAUUUCCAUAUGAAGCUCAGAAUGAAGAUGAGCUGUCAAUCAAAGAGGGAGAUAUUGUUACGAUAAUCAGUAAGGAGUGUGCAGAUGCUGGCUGGUGGAAAGGAGAGCUGAACGGCAAACAGGGAGUGUUUCCAGACAACUUUGUAAAGUUAUUCAUUCCUGAGGUAGAAAAAGAGAGACCUAAGAAACCACCUCCACCCGCAGCACCCACCACUAAACAGAUCACAGACAAAAAGACAGAGGUGAAAAAAGUCCCACCAGAACGGCCCGAAACCCUUCCACACAGAGCUGAGGAGAAAGGUGAGGAGAUGAAGGUGGCUGAGAUUCCGAGGCCGUCGCUCCCAGUUAUCCUUCCAAAGAAGCCCCUCCCGCCAAAAAACAACAACUCACUGAAUCGACCGUCAUCCCUGACGCCAAAACGCCCAGACAGACCUGAGAGACCAGCUGUGCCCAAUAUACCGUGUGACAGUCCGAAGUCUGAAGGCAGUAGUGUGACUGCUAACCGGGGCUCCACAGAAAAAUCCAUAGAUAUCGAUGUAGAAGACUUCGACUCCAUCAUCUUAUCCACAGAGAAGCUGAACCACCCCACAGCAUCACGUCCUCGUGUGAUGGACAGACGGCCACGAUCACAGAUCUUGACGUCUUCCUCUCUCUCUAGUCCUGACUUCCUGGAAUCCCCAUCUCCAGAGGAGGAAAGGAAAGACAAGAAGAUUGGAAAGGAGGAGCAGGACUCAUUCCCUCCCAAAACUCUUGACAGCUCCAAGAAGAUGCACAAGGCAGUGCCAGUCAUAACAGCCCCUGAGAAAUCAGCUCUACCCCACAAGCCCUCUGCUCCUCCUUCAUCUUCUGGUUGCAUUGGGGCUUCUCUCCACCAGGGCAGCACUAGUCUGCGGCCUCAUUCCCCUUCCACAGAUGCCAGAGGGAAGAAUGAACAGGGUGCCGCCGUGAUGGAGGAACUCAGAGCACAAUUACGAGACCUGAGAGGAACUGUGGAUCUUAUGAAGAGCCAGCACAAACAAGAAAUCAAACAGCUUGUGAGUGAGUUGGAUGAAGAAAAGAGGAUUCGUAUAUCACUGCAAAUCGAAGUGGAGCAGAUUAAGAAAUCUCUGUCCAAAUGAACUCAAGCAUGAAGGAUGUAUGAGACGAAGGAUUUGGCUGGUUUCAUGAGACAGACUGAAGUAGAUUGUGCCAAAAAAAGAACAAAAAUGUAUCAGAACAAAAUGCUUAAAGAAAACAACUGUUUACUCCUCAAUUCACUUUUACUCUUUUUGUUUGUGUGCUUGUUUUUUUUUUUUUUAAAGAAGCUUUUUUUUUGCGUAUUCUGCUCAGACUGGGCACUGAUUCACAGACCCGUUGUCUAAUUGUGGCCUUACUGUGGCUCAAGUGACUCAACUAUGCUGAGGGCCCACACUUGGAGACAGUUGAUGGCGGUUGCCGUGGGGAUUAGCUGGUCUUCAGCACAACUAUGACACAGUUAACCGAGGUCCUCUCUGGUACUGCCUCUGAACGUUAGUCAGAGAAAACAUUGAAAUGAGAAACCAUGUGUUUUACUUAAAUCCUGUUUACUUUAAGUUUUUCUUUAGCAUUGGAGGCCUUCUGUUAUUUUUAUUAGAUGCAAAGAUGUGUUUAAAUUCACACCUCUAGCAGUUUCCACAGCAACCCUACAUUGAGGCUUGUUUAUUUGUAACAUUCCAAACUGUUCUGUCUUUCCUAUUUCUCUUACAUUGAUGAUGACAAUGAGAAAACUCGUCUUUUGUUUUCUUGACUUUUUCUUUGAAAUCUUCUUUAUAUACUUUUAUAUUUUAAUGUACUAAAAUGCAAUUGUGUGUGCAGAUUUUAUUAAAAAAUAUAUAUACUUAAAGAAAUGUUGCAGC